UGGAUUUCUCAAUUUUACUUCUUCUAUGCUUAUAGUAGGUUAGAAUGGGUAACGUUAGCGAAAAGGUAGAAGCUGCCGCUUCUACAUCUCAAGUACAAAAUACAGAGGCGCCUAAAAAAUUAAAGCCUUGCUGUGCUUGUCCUGAAACCAAAAAAGCAAGAGAUGCAUGCAUUAUUGAAAAUGGGGAAGAAAAUUGUCAACAUUUAAUUGAAGCACACAAAGAAUGUAUGAGAAAUGCAGGGUUUAAUAUUUAAAUAUGUGUAUUACAUUUUCGGAUUGUAUAUAGUCAUGUUUUUUCUCUUCUGUAAUUUAUUGAAAAUGUAGAUUAAUAUCAUGUCAAGUGUAACUUGCAACUUGCAAGUCAUCUUUUAUGUAGAUGUGUGGUAGAUAAUGGUAUUGUUACUAUUGUUGGUAGACAUGAAAUAAAAACCUAACCUGUCA